UCAUAUCUGUCAUUCUGUGAGUGUACGUGUUACGUGAUGGGUCGUUGCAUCUGGUGACGUUUAUCUUGUGAAUUGGAUUUAUUAUAAUAAUGAAUAAGCAACUUCGUUCUUGAACGCUCUGUUGUAUCGUUAUGCUACUAAAUUGUUUAAAUUAUAUGGUACCUAUGACCAAUACCAAGACUUGGCUAAGUGUAGCUGGAAGCGUACCGCAUAGACAAAAUGUACCAACGUAUAACUCGGAAUAGUGAACACUGUACGCCACACUCAUGAGGCGUGAUGUGGCCAUAAUCAAAUGGACAUUGCCGUUUAAGUUUUUAAAUAAAACAUAAUAUUGUGGUUAACAUUUUAAAUAUUAUUAAUACAAUAAAUUUUAAGGUCAAAGCGAAAUGAUGCUUUAAUUACCUGAAAAAUAACUUGAAUAAUAAUUUUUACACGAACAUCUCGACAUGGAAUCGCUAAAAUGUUGUAGAAUUUGUCUUGAAGUGGAUGGGUAUAUGCAUAAUUUGUCUUCAAAUACCUUGGCUUUCUACUAUUUGACAUUAACCGGCAUAAAUCCUCUGCCGAAGCUAAAAAUACCAAUGUAUGUAUGUUAUGAAUGUACUGCUCUAUUGAAGAAAUACUUUGUAUUUAGACAGAAAUGCCUCCGUGGACAGGCAGUGCUCCAAGCACUUUUAUCAAAUAAUGGGGAGGUAACAGAAGAAAACUUAAAGGACAUAGGUAGAGAAAGUUUUGGCCUAACCUCAAGUCUAAAAAUAGUUGAGAACGUCAGUUUUAACUAUGACCCACAAGCUGACUUAAGAAACACUUAUGAUCCACCAAAUCAUAUAAAGGAAGAGGAUAUUGUAAAGUUAGAGCAUGAUUACUUUUGUGAAGUGCAAGGUGAUUCUAGUGAUCCAAUUGAUGUAAAUAAUUCAGAAGGUAAUGAAUUAAUCGAAAUCCUUGAAGAUGAUGAAGAUGCAGACCAUUUGUAUGAAACAAUGGAGCAGCAAUCAUUUGAACAAAUUAUGCUUCAAGAACCAGAACCAAAUAUGCCAGUAGAAGUUGGUAAAAGAUUAACAAAGAAGGAUACAGAAGAUCUCGAUAAUUUUUUUACUAUCAAAUAUUAUACAAAACAAGAGCUGAUGGAUAAAAUGGAAUUGCGUAAACAAUCUAUAAAAUACAAAUCGGCUGAAUAUAAAUGUGAACUUUGCUACUCUUGGUUUCUUGAUAUACGUGGACAAGAAAAGCAUGCAGUUCAACAUGAUCAGCUCCGGGGCGAGUUUUAUUGCAAAGAUUGUCACAUGUAUUUCAGGACUCAGGAACAAUUACAAACACAUACUAAAUCGCAUCCAAGAUGGUUUUUGUGCAAGUUGUGUCCGCAGUCUUAUACCAACUUGUAUCGGGCGAAACUUCACCUGUUAUACCAUCAAGGGCAAAAAUACACGUGCGAACAAUGUAAAGCGGUAUUCACAAACCGUAUUAUUUACCUGAGACACAUCCGAAAUCGUCACCCGAUUGACUUCACGUGCUGUUUCUGCGGAAUCUCGGUCGCUUCUCAGAUCGCACUCAACGCCCAUAAGGCGCGCGAUCACGAAGGCCAGGAAGAAGAAGAUGAGAUGACGAAUGCAUCGGCGGUGCACUGUGAGACGUGUGAUAUAACGUUUUCAAAUGAGCAAGCGUUCAAUGUCCACUUGACCACGACUAUGAAGCACAUUGGUGAGUACAGAUACAGCUGCGACACUUGUGAUGAGAGGUUUUCGACUAAAAAGGAGAGAUUCUUGCAUUCAUUAAAAGUUCACAAGCGGCGUCCUCUACGAAUUGAAAAACCGAUUAUUAUGGUGAAAGCAUCCGAUAAAUCCCAGACUAAGUCGAACAAACCUCGGGUAAUGGUAACCUUACCGAAGAAGCGUCCAGUCAAUGCAAUCCAGAAAAUCUUUUGGCCAGUGAAAUGUAGUUAUUGUCCCGAUGUAUUAGUCUACAGCGAGCAGGAAAAUUGGUUACACCACCGCCGUCAGCAUCCGGAGAAGAUGUAUAUGUCCAUAAGGAGAAGAUAUAUUUGCGAGCAUUGUGGGAAGGGAUAUAAAUCCCGACAUGUACUCAAUUACCACAUGAACAUACACAAUGGCGUUACCCCAUACAAAUGUGACGCUUGCGGUAAAGCGUUUCACUCGCGGUCGCUUCUUAGAAAUCAUUUUGUGGGUGUACACUGCGAAGAAAGGCCAUUCGUUUGCGACACAUGUGGAUUGGCCCUUAAGACAAAGGGCACGCUGCAUAAACACAACCGGAUCCAUACGGGCGAAAAACCUUUCAAAUGUGACGUUUGCGACAAAGCGUUCGCAUUCAAGACAUCACGCAGACUUCAUUAUGAAGGUGUUCACUUAAAUAUUAGGAGAAAGAAGAAGAAGAAGUCGAAGAGAAAAGUGAGAGAAAAAGAAGAAGUCAAAGAGAAAACGGACACAACCCUGAACACUUCUCCUAAGUCUUCUUUGGUUGUCAUAUGAAUAAUUUUCAAUAAUACAACACAUUUCCUAUAUAUUUUUAAUUAUGAGGUAAAAAUAAGUUUGAGUAUUGUAGUGUAUAAAGGUGGUUUGUAAAUAUAGACUAAUAUAUCAUUACACAAAAUUA